UAGGGUACUGUUUUUGACAGCAAAGAUAUAUGUUGGUCGCCAUAUGUUGCAUGAUCAGCUUCAGGUCUUCCGUGCAUCUCCUCCCUCAAGGUCACUUUGCAACUCUUGGACCUUGCGAAGGACUGCGCCCCUGUGUCCUUGGGUCCUUUGAAGGUCUGGACUGGCGGAGACCAGUCCAACCACCAGGAGCUGAAGAUCCAGCGUUUGUGGCUGCAACCGGGCUCCGAGUCUCCUGAGGUCCUCCAAAGAGCAGAGGAAUUGCAGUUAGGUCUGAUCCAUUCGGGGCCAUGCUUGCUGGUGGAGUUGGGCUUUGAUCCUCAGUGGAUCCCACCACAGGCCUCUGCAUCGGGUGAAGCCGCCGAGGGCGCUGUGCGCUGGCGGCUGUGCGGUGCCUCGCAGGUCUUCACGGUGACGCUUGCAGCGCCCAAGACGCGUAACGCCCUGAGCCGCCCGGUUCUUUCCGCACUCAAAGAACUCUUGCAGACCUUGCCCAGCAGCACCAGAGUGCUCCUCUUGGAGUCCCAGGGCUCCGUCUUCAGCUCCGGGCACCGCUUCGGCGACUUCGCCGCGGAGCUGGGCGCCGCGGAGCACCGCCGCACGCUGCAGCUCUGUUCCGAGGUGAACAUGCUGCUGAGGGAGGUUGCACCACCCAGCAUUGCCGUAGUGCAGGGACUGGCCACCGCUGCCGGGUGUCAACUCGCAUGCUCCUGCGAUUUGGUUCUCGCAGCGGACACCGCUGCCUUCCAGCUGCCAGGAGCGGCCAAUGGUGGCUUCUGUCACACCCCGGCGGUGGCCGUCGCCCAGCGCACCUCGGCGUCAGCGGUGGCGGAGAUGGCCUUCCUGGCCGAGAAGAUCCCUGCAGAGCGCGCGGAGCGUUUAGGCUUGGUGAACCGUGUGAUUCCCCGAGCCAAGCUCUACAGUGAGGCGCGCAAGGUGGCGGAGAAGAUCGCGAAAGCAGACCCAGCGCAGAUCCAACGAGGCAAACAGGUCCUCUACCAGCAGAUGUUGAAGCCCACACUGGCCGAGAAGUACGCUUGCGCAGAGCCUGCCAUGCUGGAGAUGUUCUCCACACCUGCAAGUCAGGAGACCGAUGGUGAAGAAGUUCCAACGCUGAGGUUUGCUCGACGACUCGACGCCCGCCCAUUCUGACGGCAUCCAACAAAAAGAGAGCGCUUGGCAAGGGUGUGAG